AUGAUGGAACUGAGCCCAUUGCUGGCCAAGUUGACGCGUCGUGAGGACCUAACAGAAGCUGAGGCUACUUUUUGCGUCCAGCAAAUUACAUCUGAGAAAACAGCCGAGAAUCCUGUAGCUGUAGGCGUCUUGCUAGCGCUAUUAGCCGCUAAAGGCGAAAGCGUCACUGAAGUUGCGGCCUUCGCAAAGCACAUGCGCUCGGAGGCCGUAAACGUAUACAUUCCAUCCGGACGCCCUACGCUCGACAUUGUAGGUACUGGCGGCGACGGAGCUAAUACCGUCAAUCUCAGUACUGCGGCUGCGAUAUUGGCUGCCUCAUGCGGAGCACUUGUCGCUAAACAUGGUAAUCGAUCGGUGUCAAGUCGUUCUGGCUCGGCCGAUGUGCUAGAGGAGCUGGGUGUGCCCAUGCUCAAGCCACACCACGUAGGUCCGUGUCUCGAGAGUGCUCAGAUUGCUUUUAUGUUUGCACCACAUUUUCAUCCAGCAAUGCGUUACGUGGCACCUGUGCGCAAAGCUAUUGGCAUUCGUUGUGUCUUUAAUAUCCUUGGCCCGCUGCUUAACCCGGCAAGAUGCAAGCGCGUAGUUAUUGGCGUCUAUACGCCCAAGCUGCUGGAUAUUUUUGGCAAAGUGUUGCUAGAAUUGGGCGUGGAGCAUGGACUUGUUGUGCAUUGUGCCGGACUAGACGAGCUCAACUCAAUAGGAGUAGCUAACAUAGUUGAUGUUCGUUCAGCUGCAGAUAUACCAUUCCAACGCUACCAGUUGCACCCUAAAGACAUCGGAAUUCCUGUCGUGACGAUGGAACAAUUGAAGGGAGGCAACGCUACAAAAAAUGCUGCUAUCUUGCGUCAGGUAUUUUCAGGUGGAAUUCAAAGCGAUAAUGCAGUAGGCAAUACUAUAGCAUACAACGCUGGUGCGGGUCUGUACGUCUACGGUCUCACCGACAGUAUCAAGCUUGGUUAUGAAAUGGCUAAGAAGCAACUCAUGUCCGGAAAGGCGUUGGACACGCUUAAUAAUUGGGUACAAGUGGCGCGACAGUUGCACGAACAGCCUUAA